AUGCUGCUUCCAGUACGGCACUCAUCAUGCGUGCUAUCCAUCCAGUUCCGCGCACAUAGUCGAUUUGCGACAACCCGAACAAUAACCACCCUCGCCUCCUCCGCGUUCGCCGAAAUCAUUUCCCGGAGCUCAUCAAAACAUCAGAUUUACCAAUCCAUCUCAUCGGACCCGUUUGUCAACCUCUCAAUUGAGCAGUAUUUGCUGCAGAAGACUCCGGAGGACUCCAAUGUUUUGUUUCUAUAUGUCAAUCGGCCUUGUGUCGUGGUCGGUCGCAAUCAGAACCCUUGGCUUGAGACGAAUUUGAAAGCUUUGCAAAAGCACGAUACGGAUAUACCACGAUCUGGAAGCUCGGUGCGUAAUGUGCUCUAUGUGCGACGACAUUCCGGUGGAGGCUCAGUAUUUCACGACGAAGGAAAUCUGAAUUACAGCGUAAUCUGUCCCCGAGAUGUCUUCACCCGUGACCGACACGCGGAGAUGGUGGCACGCGCACUCCAGAAAAUCGGCGCAGUCAAUGCAAUGGUUAACGAACGACACGAUAUCGUCUUGGCUCAACAACCUAAAGAAUUUGCAAAACAGAAGGACGCGACGGGAAUCGAAGACCCGUUUGAAGAAUCUACUCCGCAAGCUUUGAAAGUAUCCGGAUCGGCCUUUAAGCUUACCCGAAAUCGAGCAUUGCACCACGGGACAUGUCUACUCGAUUCUCCGAAUAUAAAUAAUCUAGGCGCUUUUCUCAGAUCCCCAGCUAGACCGUAUAUCCAUGCCAAAGGUGUCAGCAGUGUGCGGUCGCCAGUGGGAAAUGUGUCAGCUGGACUGGUUAGUUCCGCGGAACCGUUUUCGAUGCAGCGCACAAUACUUAGUAUAAUGGAUGAAUUCUCGCGGCUUUAUGGGAGUGGACAUGAAGUCCGGGAUUGCGCAAGUCGGUUGAAUAUGACUAAGAGUGAGUUUAAUGCAGGCGAUGAUUGGGUUGCGGGGGCCGUAGGAGAGGUACAACUCCAUGAAAUACCGGAGAUUCAAAACACGUUUGAGAUGAUGAAGUCAACCGACUUCAAAUUCCUCCAAACACCGGAAUUCACCUUCUCCACCUUUACAACAGAGGAGGAUCCCAGGCUUCGGCCUCCUCUACCAAGUUUCCUACCUCCUUUGACAAGAAUAUCCAUCCGCGCCAAAAAGGGCAUCAUACUAGAAGCAUCCAUAAGCACCUCCAACGACGAAGCCAUAGCUCAAAAACAAGCCCUCCACAGUUCCGAGAUAUUAGCAGACAGAACACUCCACGAAAUAGAUGCUCAAGCAUGGAGACAGAUUAUUGAUUCGAUCGUGGGUAUAGAUUAUGACGGCCAACAACAACAACAACAACCUAUGGAAGAAGUGGUUGAUCAUUUAACGGAAUUUCUUUGUGAGAAGUUUGGUGUAUGA